UAAAAAAAUCUUUAAUUUAAUUUAAAACAUAAAAACUACACUUCUACCAAAUUUCCAUAUAAUAUUUCCUUGUAUUUUCCUCUAUAUCCUUGUUAAUCCAUAAAGCAUUAAAGCCUUUUUCCUAUAUUAUUAUUCGUUGAAGAUUAGGUUUUAAGAGAACAUUACAACAAGGUAAGUGCAUCGUUUGUUUUAUUUCUAUUAAUCUAGGGUUCGUCUUCUCUCACUUGCCUGAUUGAUAACCAAACGCUUUGUGAUAUAUGUUAUCUUAUUUGUUUCCUUAUAUUUUAAUUUAUGGAUUUGAAAUCCCCAAAAAAAAAAAAAAAAACUGCAUCUAGAGCCCUCCUCGAUGAAUUCUUCAGACAUCUCGACCAUCUCAAAAAAAAUGGAAUCGAUGUCAAUGACUGACCGUGUUGUCCGUAACAACAAGAGAUUACCACAGUCUAGAUAUUCUCCUUACAUUUUAGGGUCAGUGAUGGAUACUAUUCCUCACCCUAAAGACACUGAUCUUACCAAUGAGAAGCAGAAAGAUGAUGCUGAGCGUCUCGGAGUUGACCUCUCGCUCUUUGUGGCUGAAGCAAUGUUCCUACUAUCUGAUGACAUAUAUUCUAUGUUACUCUUCUGUGUUAAGAUAAUUUUGAAGUAUUCAGGGAACAAAGAAAGGAAGAAUCCAACACAAGUGGUGAAAAUACUGAUUUUUGUUAUGCUAUAUGUGUUUGAAACAUAUAUCAAACCAAAGAAUGGAGUCUACCAGGCUGGUGGCAAAUCCACUCAAUUGGAGCUGAUCAAAUCGUCUACCCAGCAUUUUGCUUAUGGGGUCAGGAGUUUGGAGCACAUUGUUUUGGCUCUCGAAAAUGGCGGCUCUAUGCCACCGAUUUAUUUUGAACACUACAACCAAGAGCUGAAAAAGCUAGAGGAGAAGUUGAGGUCUUCCAAAGAUGUUUUAGAGGCGAAUGGAUUUGUGAGAGAAGCUAUGAAGUCUAACAUUCUUCAUUUGUGGAAGUCUCUAUUUGUAACACUACCCUUGAUCUACCCUGAGGUUAGAAUUAAUGAUAUGUUUAGGCCUCUCGUGAACCAAGCACGUCAGGAUGUUUGCUCUCGUCAUCUUAUUGCUUCUUUACGUCAUCUAUGUUUUUUGAUAGUUAAUGUUUAUUGGUGUUUUGCUUUUAUGAAAUAAACGUAAAUAGCUAAGACUAGAGUUAUUGAGCUUUUUAGGCCUCUCUCGAAUGAAGCAAACCAGAAUACUUGCUGUCGU